CUGAAGAAUGUUAUAAAAAUGUAAAUUACCGGCUAGAUGAAAAUAUUUUUAGUGGUUCUCCUCGUACACGGAAUUGCUGCCGAAGUGGUAUUCAGACUUGUGGAUCAUUGGGGUAACACUAUUGUGCGAGGUGGAGAGAGUGGAUUGCUUUUGGCAAAUGGUGGAACAGUGUGUGAUGAUUUUUUCUCUUACAAUUCCGCUGCUGCGAUUUGCAUAAAAAUGGGAUUCUCUGAGACAGGGAGCUGGAACUCUGGAAACCUUUGGAGCGUGCAGAAUAAUUACAACAUAGGACUUGAUAAUGUUAUAUGCAGAGGAACGUAUUGGAGUUCCUGUACCUACACAACAUCACACAAUUGUGGUCAUAACGAAGAUGUCUUCCUCAGCUGCCAGGGACAAAUUGAUCCGGUAUUCAGACUCGUGGACAGAGAAGGUAACACUAUUACUGUUACUCAAGGUGAAGAGAAUGGAUUGCUUUUAGCAAAUGGUAACACAGUCUGUGCUCCUUUUUUCUCUGACGAUGCCGCUGCCGCUAUUUGUAGAGUAAUGGGACUACAUCACGAGGGAGUGAGCUGGAAUUUUGGUUAUUUAUGGCCAGGCAUAGGGCGUAAUUUUAACAUAGUACGUGUUAAAUGCAUAAAUACGUAUUGGAGUUCCUGUCGCUACGAAAAAUCAACCUGGUGUACCCCCGGCGAACAUAUCUUCCUCACGUGCGGUCCUGAUGUAACACCGACACACAAAGACGCUUACAACGGUAAAGAAACAGUUCUCUCCUGUAAAGUCACGGGAUUAGAAGCAAAAGCUACAGUGAGUUGGACCAAGGGAAACCAAACAGUAGACGGAUCAACUGAAGGGGAACUGAUCGGUUAUACUCAGAUCUCCACCCUGACAGUUAUCAACCCACAAGAGGAUACGGAGUACACUUGUGUGGUUACAUCUGGACGGAACCCAUUGUCGAAACCCUCUGAGACGCUUGUGUCACUCAACGUCUAUGCCACAGAGAUAUCAAGCAAGGGAGUACUCAUUAACACAGAAACAUCACUCACUUGCAAAAUUAAAGGAAUAACCGAGGAAAUGUCCAUUGAAUGGACUGGAUUUGAGGAUGGUGAUGACAACUAUGUGCCAAGUUCAGGAUCCUAUGAUUCUGUCUCCAACAGUCAAACAGGAACUUUGACUGUCAAAUCAACAGCUGUCACUUCUAAUAAAAUGUACACUUGUACUGUGUCCUCACUUCAAAACACUGAAUCAGACAAGGAGGAUUUUGAAGUCCACCUUUAUGUAUACGAUUUUAGUCUGAUAGAUUGGAAAGGUAGAGACGUUGGUGUGGGAGUACGAGGAUUACUGAUAGUCAAUGAGGGAACAGUUUGUAACGACGAUUUCAGCAACAACUCUGCCAAUGCUAUUUGUCGUAGGAUGGGGUACAGUGGUCAAAUUAGUUGGACUUCUUCUGACAAAUGGAAAAUGCAAGAUGAUCGACCCAUUGCUAUGGAUGAUGUGUUUUGUAACACUUCUGAAUGGAGCUCAUGCUCUUAUUCAUGCUCUCACAACUGUGAUCACAGUAAAGAUGUAUUUCUUCAGUGCCAGGGAAUAAGUGAGUUGAUUACUGAAAUUCGGCUUGUAUAA